AGAGGCAGAGGCAGAAGCAUACUUGCAAUUUUGUUUAGGAAAACAAAGGAUGAAUUAAUUAACUCAAACUUUUUCCUUUAUUCUUAUUUUGUUUUGUGCCAGCCUAGGUCUGCUUCUGCCCUUGAGGUAUCCAGGUACCAUUGUGCACUGAGCAGGACUGAAAAGAACAAAGUUUAUUCUGUACUUUAAGAAUUCCAUUCUGGGCCCCCACCAGCUCACUGCUCCCAAACCCCAUGGGAGCGAGAGCUCACCGCCUGGACAGGUGGGCAUUCCUGAGACUGCAGAGCGGAAGAGACCACCAACAGUGCGCACACCUGCCCAUAUCCCUGGCACAAGAGAAAACUGUAUAUGGCCUCUGGGUUCCUGGAAAUAAGCGCACAGGAGCAGCAGGUCCCCUGCCUCUGAGACACCACCAGAACCUGAAGGGACCGACCAGAUAAACAGUUCUCCGCACCCAAAUCUCAUGGGAGGGAGAGCUAAAUCUUCAGAAAGGCAGACACGCGUGGGAAACCUGAGGAGACUACACUCUGCUCACAUUACUGAUUCCAGAGGAAAAAACAAACGCCAUCUGGAACCCUGGUGCAUGGAAGCUCCCGGAAAGGGCUGUGCAGAUAAUCCUGGUUGCUGUCCCCCCGGGGAGCUCAUAAGCAACACCCCAUUAGCAAACUUGAGCCUCAGGACCACAGGAACUAAACCUUCUUCCCUGAGACAUCAUGGCCCUGGCCCCAGAAUUGAGCAGACAGACAAAACUGAAAGAGGUCGCAGGGAUCCCACUGCGGGAUUCAACUGUCGACAACUGGAGUCAGAUUCAGACCUUCAAGGCGAAGCCAGAUGACCUCCUCAUCUGUACUUACCCUAAAUCAGGGACAACAUGGAUUCAAGAAAUUGUCAACAUGAUUGAGCAGAAUGGGGAUGUAGAGAAGUGCCAGAGAACCAUCAUUCAACACCGACACCCUUUUAUUGAGUGGGCUCGGCCACCCCAGCCUUCAGGUGUGGACAAAGCCAAUGCGAUGCCAGCUCCAAGGAUACUAAGGACCCAUCUUCCCACUCAGCUGCUGCCACCGUCUUUCUGGACAAACAACUGUAAGUACCUUUAUGUGGCUCGAAACGCCAAAGACUGCAUGGUUUCCUUCUACCACUUCUACAGAAUGUGCCAGGUGCUCCCCAAUCCAGGCACCUGGAAUGAGUAUUUUGAAACCUUCAUCAAUGGAAAAGUAAGUUGUGGAUCUUGGUUUGACCAUGUGAAAGGAUGGUGGGAAAUUCGAGACAGAUACCAGAUUCUCUUCCUCUUCUAUGAAGACAUGAAGAGGGACCCAAAGCGUGAAAUCCAGAAGGUAAUGCAGUUCAUGGGCAAGAAUUUGGAUGAAGAGGUCGUGGAUAAAAUAGUCCUGGAGACAUCGUUUGAGAAAAUGAAAGACAAUCCUUUGACAAAUUUUUCUACAAUCCCCAAGACUAUCAUGGACCAGUCCAUUUCCCCUUUCAUGAGAAAAGGAAUUGUGGGUGAUUGGAAAAACCACUUUACUGUGGCCCAGAAUGAGAGGUUUGAUGAAAUCUAUGAGCAAAAGAUGGACGGAACCUCUCUAAACUUCUGCAUGGAACUCUGAUCAAGAUGAGAAGAUAGACAUCAAGGACAGGAGUCUGUCUGCAAGCCUCAAUCCAGCCAAAGGAAGAUCAGAAAGCAAACUGUAAAUGCCAAGGACUGUGACACCGACUCUGUUAUUACUGACAUCACUUUACAAUUCACAAAAUCAUAUUAUGUCCAGUGUAUACUUUCUCCACUAUUCAGUACAAAUCAGUAAGAUGGCUUAAUAAGCUAAUAAAUAAACAAACUUGAAUAGUAUAAAUUUUAUGAUGACAUCUUUCUAGGAGGUAUAGCCUAUAUUCUAACUCUAAAUAACUAUCUUAUGCACAAAAACACAAAUAUUAGAAAUCAUCUAAAUGAAUGUACAGAAAUUCCUAAUGUCUUUCUGCUCAAUCGGUAUUUUUCAUGGUUACAGUGGGAAGACUCAGUUUGUGGACAACUUGUUGCAACAUGCUCACUGGAACAUUUUCUACCUGGUAGGAGGAAAUUGAGGGAAGGACUUCAAGGAGAUGUCAGAAAUCCAAAUCUUAAUAAACGGAAUCCUAGUUCUGGAUCAUAAAAGAAACAGAAGAAAGGCAUGAGGGUGACCUUUGGAAAGCACAAAUUGUGUCUUGAAAAAAGCAGAAUGGAAGCUUGGUGUUCAACUUGCAGCCAGUUGAGUUUUGAUCUCCUGUCAUCUCUUCUGAGGAACAGCUUGUACUUUUGCCCACUUUAGCAGAGUCCAUCUGCAUUUGCUUGCCAGCAUACUUCCUUCCACCUCCCACUCGCUCCAUGUCUUGGGCAUCCUUUUACUCCCAGUAACCAGGCAAUAUGGAGAACACAGCAUGUUGCACGAUGGCUCGGAAGACGGAAAGGCAAACACGUUUCGGGUCACAAAUUCUCAGCACUUACCCUUUCACUUUAGUUGCAGAUGUCAGCACUGCUAAGCUGAGAUCAGCAGGAGCAGCCUGUGGCAUGAGCAGGAUAUAUAUGUGAGCUCAGGGUACCUAGCAUGAGCUAGAAUGCCAUUUGCUUUCUAGCACUCAAACCUGCAAUGGCCAUGUGAUGAGGACGUGGGCACAGCAUGUGUUACUACCAGCAAGAGCUAUGAGAAGGUGUAGUACAAGUUAGUGGAUGGAAGCUAAGAAAGUGGAACAUGGCCUAGAAGAGAAUGAGUGCUCCUGGCCCUGGGUCUUCCUUUCCCUUGUUUCUUGGCCAUGAAAAAUUCAAUAAAAUGAGGUGGUUAGUUUUGCUUUGCCAUUUACCCUCACCAUGAUAUUCUGUCCAUCUCACCACAGAAUGUAAAUUCCAAACCCAAGAGCUGAAAUAAAGCUUCUGUCUUUAUAAGUUGCUUUCCCAGAUACUUGUUAUAAUGAAAGAAAGCUCACUAAUACUUUCCCAAUGAUGUGGUUAUAAAAUACUAGAAAAGUCUGAAAUUUUGUUGAACUUAUAGACAAUCGCUUGGUUACUGCCGAAAUCUAACCAUAUGUGUACAGUUAAUUAACAAUGUCUAUUAUAUAAAAAAAAUUAUAUCCGAAUUGUAUUGUAAAUUUUUAUUGUUUGCUCCUAAGUCUUGAAAUUAUUCAAAGUUUCUCUAGGUAGAGAGUCCCCUCUUACAAUCCAAACUAAACUGAAGUCCCUACAUCUGCUUCCUGUCAGGGUUAAGUUCAUAAGAGCCCAGAGUCACUCUAGCCUAUAAAAGGAAUGACUCUGGUCUCCAACCAUCUACUGGUUAACUGUAGAUUUAAGGUAAACUUUGGAAACAUAAUAGUGUCGAACUUAAGCCUCUUUUAGCUUUAUUCUUCUGGGAGUUUCCUUUGUAUUCAGAAAUUAAAAUAGCAGAACUUGAAAGAGAUAAAUUGUAAAACAUAUUAUGUUGGCUUUGUAAGUACACGAUUGUAUUCAUAAUUUACACAUUGGCAAUUUUUAACUAUUACUUUUAGAGACAAGAAUUAAUCAGGUAAAUGAAACAUUACAUCAGAAGAGUAGUUAAGUAACUGUUAGAACGUUUAUAAACAUUUUAGUUUUACUAGCAUUGACUUAUGAUUAUUUUACUAGCAUGUCUCUAUAUACACAAAAUUCAAUAAAAGAGUUUCAAUUAC